UGCGCUACUUCCUGAAGAAUAAGGUCAGCCCUGACUUGUGCAACGAGGAUGGACUCACAGCCCUGCACCAGUGCUGCAUCGACAACUUCGAGGAAAUCGUCAAGCUGCUCCUUUCCCAUGGUGCCAAUGUCAAUGCCAAGGACAAUGAGCUGUGGACGCCCCUGCAUGCUGCAGCCACCUGCGGCCACAUCAACCUGGUGAAGAUCCUCGUCCAGUAUGGGGCUGACUUGCUGGCUGUCAACUCAGAUGGGAACAUGCCAUAUGACCUCUGUGAGGAUGAACCCACCUUGGAUGUUAUUGAGACCUGUAUGGCGUACCAGGGCAUCACCCAGGAGAAAAUCAACGAAAUGCGAGCGGCUCCUGAACAGCAGAUGGUCUCAGACAUCCACUGUAUGAUUGCAGCUGGCCAGGACCUUGACUGGAUAGAUGCCCAGGGUGCCACACUGCUGCACAUAGCUGGAGCAAAUGGAUACCUGCGGGCAGCUGAGCUCCUUCUGGACCAUGGAGUGCGUGUGGAUGUGAAGGACUGGGAUGGGUGGGAGCCCUUACAUGCAGCAGCCUUCUGGGGACAGAUGCAGAUGGCAGAGCUGUUGGUGUCCCAUGGAGCUAGUCUCAGUGCCAGGACAUCCAUGGAUGAGAUGCCAAUAGACCUGUGUGAGGAGGAGGAGUUCAAAGUCCUGCUUCUGGAGCUGAAGCAUAAGCAUGAUGUGAUCAUGAAGUCCCAGCUGAGGCACAAGUCGUCCCUGAGCCGGAGGACGUCCAGUGCUGGCAGCCGGGGGAAGGUGGUGCGUCGAGCCAGCCUGUCGGACAGGACCAACCUGUACAGGAAGGAGUAUGAGGGAGAGGCCAUACUGUGGCAGCAGCGGAGCGCAGCUGAGGAUCAGCGCACCUCAACCUUCAAUGGGGACAUCAGGGAGACCAGGACAGACCAAGAGAAUAAGGACCCGAACCCCAGGCUGGAGAAGCCCGUGCUGCUCUCAGAAUUUUCUACCAAGAUCUCACGGGGUGACCUGGAUGGGCCUGUUGAAAAUGGCCUCCGGGCUCCAGUCAGUGCCUACCAGUAUGCACUGUCCAACGGGGAUGUCUGGAAGGUGCGUGAGGUGCCUGACUACAGUAUGGCCUACAGCAACCCUGGUGUGGCUGAUGCUACCCCACCCUGGAGUGGCUACAAAGAGCAGAGCCCCCAGACGCUCCUGGAGCUGAAGCGCCAGCGGGCUGCAGCCAAACUGCUCAGCCACCCCUUCCUGAGUACCCACCUGGGCAGCAGCAUGGCCAGGACGGGGGAGAGCAGCAGUGAAGGCAAGGCCCCUUUGAUCGGAGGCAGAACUUCGCCCUACAGCAGCAACGGGACCUCGGUGUUUUACACUGUCACCAGCGGAGAUCCCCCGCUCUUAAAGUUGAAGGCCCCCAUGGAGGAGAUGGAGGAGAAGGUCCAUGGUUGCUGCCGCAUCUCCUAGUCUCGGGGAGGGGUCCCUGGAAUCCAGGCCAGCCCAACAGCCUUGGCUGGGGAGGUAUCAGAGGGUUGCCGGAGAGAGGUGGGCUCUGCUUUCCAGAGGAAUGCUGACCCCACCCCUCACCCAGCUGCCCACAGCAUCUCUACUCCCCUCCCUUCUGCUUCCUGCUGCAUUGUCUGCCAUCUGAAACAUAGUGGCUUCUGAGUUACUCUGCUGUCCAGUUUGGAGAGGGUGGGUUUGGGGUUCUUAGUGAAGGCUUCUGGGGACCAGGACUUCCAUAAACACACACACACACACACACACACACAAAUGGUCAGCCCAUAUGUACAAGAAUAACACACCUGGGCUCUUAGAAGCAGAUGGGGCCAAGACUGUGGGCCUUCCCAGAAGGAUGAGGCAAAGACUUGCUCCAUUGCCAAUGUGUCUUAAACAGGGGAGAGGCCUACCCAGCUGAGCCCCACAGUCCUGCUCAGAGUCACACCAGGAGCUGGUGCUGGUGGGGCCACCAUCCACACCUGGCAGGGACAAGAAGUCCUCUUCAUGUUCCAGGGAACCAGAAGUCCACAUGGGUUGGGUUUGACGGGCACAGGCCUGCUGUCACAGCCUUGUCAGGAGGAGGCAGGAACCCUGUUGACAGCCCAGGAGCCCAGGUCAUUCUACUCUGGAAGAAACCAAAUCAUGUUUUGCUCUUGGAUGGAAAGUAUCCAGGAGGCAUUUGAUAAAAGCAUUCUUUUAGGUUGUAAAGCUCCAGGUGGGAAGUCAGUGAAAGUCUGCUUCUUCCAAGAUGGAGUCACAAUCAGGUUUUACUGGCUAAUACUGGAGAAAUGAAGCUCAGUGAGGAGCAUCUGGGGGAGGCCUUUUCCAGGGAAGGGUAAGUUCACUUCCAAGAGCAUCUGUGGUUAUCAGUGAUCGAGCCUAGCACCCUGGCCAUCUUUGUAAUAGUCAGGCUUUUUCAGUCCAGCCCAGGUUAGCCAGUCCUGCCCAGACUGAGCCAUCACAGUGAACCAUCACAGUGAGGCCACCUGUGCCCCACCCUCCCACCGUACAUGUCAGUCAUGUGUGCACAGUGAAUGCUUAGGACUCCCAGCCUUUUCUGGGAUGCUCUGUGAAAAGAUUGCCAGGUGGCCACUGUGAGUUUCCACAUGGCCUGGGGUUCCCAGCCUGCUGCAGUUGGAGUGGUGAUGCCACAAGGCUACAAAUCCCAGGUUCCCAGGACCACCAUCCCACGUAGACUGGAGUUGGGUGUCACCUGGCCCUAUAAUUUUGUAGCCCGUUUUUCUGAUGGAGGAGGAGGAAGGGCCCUGCCACCUCACUGUUACAUUCUCUCAUGACCCCUUUGAUAUUGUUGCCCAACAGUGAUCGGUGAUCACAGGCUCAGCCAAAAUCCUUUGGUGUAACUAAUAAGCCCCAGGGUUGUCCUCUGCUCUGUACAUCUUUUAUUCAUCCAAAAACUACCUCCGUAGAGCUCUGAAGGAGCCCCCUAGGUCCAGAUUCUGAAGUGGGGAACAGAUCUUUAAUCCACUUCUUUCUGAGCCUGUGAGAAAUUCUCCCUCAAGGGCACCUGAGCUGGGGUGCUGGGGCUGGAGGAGUCUUCCUUGUGCCACAACCCUGUUAAAGGGUCUGCUAUUUGUCAGUCUCAGUCCCCUACUCUGGCCCCCAUGGCUCGUAGUUCAGAGACCUCUUGGGGCCUGACUGAUGCUUUACCAGGAGCAGGGUAGUGGGCCAGAGAGUGCACUGGGUACCAGGCCACUCCCACCCAACUCCAGGACAGAUGGAGUCUAGGGUAGAGGAGUGGCUCAGGAAGACAGGUAUAUAUCACACCUCUCACAUCUGUGCUCUCCCUUAUCUCAGCCUAUGGUUGAAGCAGUGGAUGCUCUGAAACACAUAGUUUUGGCUUCAAAAUAGCAUUUAGCUCUGACAGACACUGAAAUCAUUCUGGACCUGACUUAAGCCACAAGGUUGGGGGAGGGGGGUGUUGCUACAGGCAGCCUCACACUCCUCAGGAGACAGCUGCACAAGGUUUCUGACCUGUUUGUUCAGGGGCAGAGACAGAAGGCAUUUAUUGCUCAAUCUGAACCCUCCAGCCAUUCGCUCCCUCCGCCUUCUUCCUGCCUCCUGGGGAUUCCCACUGGCCUCUCAUAUAGGAGCUGGCCUCAAACAGAGGACUCCUCAUUUGUUCCUCCAGGAAUAAACAUUCCCUGUUAGGGCUGCAAGUCUCCAAGAAGCUUUCCCUGCAGGUUUCCAAGUGGUGAGGGACAAGUUGAGGUACAACCUCCAAUAAAUGGGCCAGGGUCGUGGAAAAGUUGAGGUAGAACCUUCAAUGAACAGGCCAGGUUCACCCUUUUGCUCACUCAUGUAACUUACUGAGCAGCUGUAACAGAGCAGGCACUAUGUUAGGCUCUGUGGAUAAAGGAGUAACAAGACAGAGUGAGAACUGCUCUGUCUGGCCUUCAGCUUAGGGGACCAUGGGACUCCACAGCUCCAUUCAACCCCCUGAGCAGGAGGGACUGCAUCCCAGCCCAGUGCUCCUGGAGUAGAGCGUGAAUCCCUUUAGCUGAGAAACAGCUUCAUGGCCACCCCGGUAAUAUCUGCCACUAAAUGUAGAUGCUAGAUCUUGGAUCACAGGCAGACACAAUCCUAGGUCCAUCUGAAAACUUCAUGGGUCGCUGCCUUUAGGCCAGUAUCCCUUGGGGACAAUAUAAUAGCAGUCUGAGGUCAGUGUCUAGAAGAAUAAGGAGUCUGAAACUUGUUGCCAAAUGCAUCUUUGGUCCUUAAAGUCAUUAUUUCUUGCUCACUUUUGGGCAUUUAUCACAUAGCCCUCACCAGUGGAUACUGAGAGGGAGAACAACCAUUCCUUUCAGUGUCGAAGCCUUUCCCUGGCAGGUGUGGAUCACGUUGCUGGGAGAAGCCUGGAGAGGUCAACCAGGUGCUCAGCUCCCACUGAGGCCCAGGUGUGGUGGCCAGUCCUGGCAGACUGAAGGAGGCCACUUUCAAAGCAGGUGCCCCGUGGCUCACUGUGAGCUCUGGCCUUUGCUCCCACAUUGUGCCCACAAACAACUGCAGAUUGGUGGCUAUCAGCAGAUUGUGUUUCUGGCCAGUAGCUCAGGGAAUCUGAAUGAACCCUCAGCCCAGGUCUACUGAAGAUUUAGAAUAUAAUUCUCCACCAAAUAUGCAGCAUUAGUAAAACUGCUUUGUAAUGUUCGAUCCAUUUCAAGAGGUUAGGAAAGUUGGCAAGAGUGUGGCGGGUAUCCUGUCCACCAGUAGUUUGCUAGCUUUGUGAUAACACAACACUCUUGGUUCUUGCUCUCUUGAUCCCGAAUGUUCUCUUGCACCUACUUUCCAAAACAGGCUACUAGGGUACUUUCUAGAAGGGCGCUCCUUAUAACAUACCCAGAAGGAACAUAUGUAAUUCCUGCUAUUUGCAGUCUGGGGAUAGCCGCUCCUCCUCCAGGACACAAAAAAGCAAAGGAUCACACAUGGUCAUUGGCCAACUUCGCAGAAAUGACCCUCUUUGCCUGGAGCCCUAGCCCUCUCCUCCAUGACAACCUCUUGUUGGCCAGAGGGCCUGCUUCCCAUGGGCUCUGCAGGUGCCACAGUGUAGGGCCUGGCCCUGCACACCCAGGAAAAGUCUACAGACCCCCAGCCCUCUGCAAUAAUUCCAGACCAGAAGCCACUGACGUACAGAGAACACUUAAGAAAAAUGUAUUUUAUGUGAAAAAAAAGGUUAAAACUCUGUAUACUGUAUCAGCAGCUUUGUGUACAAAAUGGCAAUCAAGAGAUUCUAAUAUAUUUAAAACUUUUUUAAAAAAUAAUCCUCAUGGAUCUUUGAUAUUGUAUUGAAGUAACUUCCAGGUCUCCCCUUGCCAUGCGGGAGUGGCAGGCCAUGUGUCCAAGACGGGUCUAAGCACAUCCCAAAGGGACAACACCCCUGGAGUUGCUUCCAGCUGCCAAGGCCUGUGAUGGAAUUUGCUGUUAA